AUGCAUGAACGUGGGCAUAAGAUAAAGAUCUUCACCAAUGCUGAUGAAGUUCAUGCAGCUCAAGUUUUGAGCCGGUUAGGUUUGCAAGAUUGUUUCCAAGGUGUCAUGUGCUUUGAAACUCUUAACCCUCCUAUGGGAUUGGGACAUGUUUCAAGCAUAGAAGGGAUGAAUGAAGUACAAAUUGAAAAUGUUGAAACACAAGUUCUGUGUAAACCUUCUGUACAGGCAAUGGAAGCUGCCAUUGCCAUUGCCAAGGGUGAUCCCAAAAAAACAGUAAUUACUGAAAACUUACCUACUUAA